ACAUUUACUUCACCACAUCAUUAUGAAAGCAUGGGCAGGCUGCAGGUUUUAGUCAUGCUGUCAAAAGCAGAAGAAAAGAAGCCACAGAAAGGGGCAGGAAAGAAGAGGAGGCAUCCUGAGGAAGAUGCAGGCGGAGAAAGGAAGAGGAGAGGAAGUCAAGAAGGAGAGAAGGGUCAGGGAGAUGGGGGCAAGAAGCGCCUGGACGCCCUGAGUGUGGGCUAUUUCCGCCGAGUCGGAGAAAGGCUCAGCGAAGGCUUUGAAGAUGAUGAGGAGAGAGAGAUGUUUGUGGAGAACGUCCUCACAGAAGUUAAAGGUAAAGCAGCCUUGGUGGCGACAGAUCGGACAGGAAGCAUCACUCUGCAGCGACUGCUCCCACUCUCCAGCCCCCAGCAGGUCGGGGAGGUGCUGGCUGAACUGGGUGGAGAAUCGGGCUCAGAGUUUAAGGCAGUUUCUUGUGACCGGUGUGGAGGCCAUGUAGUGGAGAGCGCGGUCAGACAGAUGUCCAGGUGGAUGGAGUCAUCACAGAAGGAACCGUCUUCAACCGCAGAGGAGGAGGAGGAGGGAGAAGAAAGCUGUGGCCUGUUAGAGGCUCAGGUGUUGGCUUUAAGUCAGGUGGUGAGGGACAACACUGCCGAGUUCAUCAGACAUGUUCACGGCUCACACGUAGUCCGCACACUUUUACAUGUGCUGGGAGGCUGCCUCGGACCACCUCGCACCGAGACUCGUCCAGGAGGAAAAGAACGCAGCGUCGCUCCUCAGCUGACAGACUUUGAGAUUCCCACUUCCUUUUGGUACGAGCUCAAAAACCUUACAGAGACCUUGAUGGAAAACAUUAAUUUAAGCGUGACUGACGCUGUCGCCAGCGCCGUGUUCCAGACCAUGCUGACCGCGUGCCACAGAAAACGGCCCAAACUCUGCAAACAGCUCCUCAGACGCAUCACAGAGUACCUGACGAGUCGCAGCGCUGCUCCUGGAGUCAGUCCGCUUCUAGUUUUUCUGAAGGACCAGGCCUCCAGUCACCUCACAGAAACAAUCAUACAGCUGUCCCACAAGAAACUUCUCAGUGGCCUCUACAAAAACCAUCUCAAGGGUCAGCUGGUCGACCUGGCCCUCCAUCCCAUCGCCAACUUUCCCAUCCAGAGGCUGACAGCAGCUUCUGCCAAGUACAAGCUGUUCCUGAGGGUGUUUGACGAGCUGGUGCAGGGUGUGGAGGCCAUCUUGGCUGCAGGUCACAUGGGCGUGAUAGUUCAGCUGGCAGAAAGCUGCGCAGAAAGCGAAGAGAGACAGGACGAGAUGAUGCAGUGCCUCCUCCAUGCCUUCCACUGUGCCGAGCCUGGCGCUAGACAAGUCACCUGCCUCCCUCUCUUCAUGUCUCUGCUCACCUACGAGGUGUAUUACCACUCUGACACCACAGAGGGCAAGAUACACACCGAGGUCCCACUGACCUCCAUAUGUUACCACGGAUCCCGGCUGGUCCAGGCGCUGGCUAAAUUCAAGGGGCGCUCAUUGCUCCUCAGCAGCCUGCGCUCUCUGAGCCCUUCAGACCUCCUCAGUAUGGCUGCCGACCGUGCAGGCAGCCACGUCCUCCAGGCGCUCAUCACCACAUCCAGUGACAAGGGCAGGGGGAAGAUCCUAAAGAGACUCGAGGGUCAGUACAUGCAGAUGGCCUGCUCCAGGUUGGGCAGCCGGGUACUUGAAGCCGUGUGGAACAGCGCUUCAGUCAGCCAGAGGCAAAGUAUCGCACAGGAACUCGUUCCAAGUGAAAGCCAGCUGAGGUCGGAUCAGUUUGCUCGUCACGUGUGGGCCAAAUUUGCCCUCUCCCACUUUGCACACAGAAGAGCCCACUGGCAGGAAAUACAGACGGGCGAGUCCAAGAAGCGGAAACUUUUCAGUGACAUCCUUGAAUGACAAGCACAUGUUUGUGAAAUAUUGUAGUUCAUUUUUUUUUACGUAAAUAAAUAAAAAAAAUCUGAAAAUAUUA